UAGGAAUUCGGAUGAAUUUCUUUGACUAUCCCGACGGAAUAAACAUUAUACUGUGCAAAUAUGAAGCAUGAAAAUAUAAUAGCAUGACAUUACCAUGUCUUCCUUGUAGUUGCAAGUUGCGUAUUCUUUCACAACUCGUAGAAUGUGUAAUCCAGAAAGGAUUAAGAGAUCAGCAUUGGAUUGGUGAAUACAUACAAUAAUAAUUUUCGGAGAUAACAUAUAAUUCACGAUUAACAUUGACAUUCAGAAUUGAAGGCUGCAUAUGUAUAAAGGCAUUUAUUGUUUAUUAGUGCUGUAUUUUAUUGGUUAAUAAAACCCUGACUGGGUUCUUCCAGUAACUAUAAUAUCAAAUUGGUUCAGUGCAAUUUUGGAGGAAAGGUAGAUGCGAAAAAGUGAUACACAAAUAUUUAAUCGUGAAUUGUAUCAAGUAUGGAAACAGAAGAAAAUUUAUUAGGAUUUAGUUCCGCAUCUUCAAGUACGAUCGCAACUACAACGACUAGUGAUGUCAUAGUUCACGAUAUGAACGUUGGACUCGGAACAUACUUAAUCGUCCUAUUUUCAGCUACGAUAAUUAUUUUGGUUUGGGCAUUUUUCAUAUUCUUCUUCUUUUCGCGAGGAGGUCGUAGCACAGAAUUUCGCAGUCACAGCACAAAUAAUGCAAGUUUUUGCAGCUCAUUGUCGAGUACAACUACCAGUUCAUUAAAGUCAGAUUGUCCACCGCAUUAUGACACUGUGAUAAAUUCCAAAAUAUUCCCAUCACCAAUAAUAAUGGACCCAAGAACGUUAGAAGAUUCUCCGCCCACAUAUCAAGAUAUUACAGUGUUAAAAUAAUUGAAGCUAAGUAAUAUAUUUAGAAUAUACGUACAAAAACAAAAACUAUAUUUACAGUUUUUUUAUCUUACCUUAUGUAUGUUAAUAAAUAGGAAUGUUUCUUAAAAUUAAA